UGAUACCACUAGCUCAACUCGCUUGCCUUCAUCAUCCAACCACCAAAUUGAAAUCCUGGCCCUGCCUGUAAUAUCAUCGCUGUUCCUUUCGUGGCCUUGUCUUCACCUACACCAAUUAUCCAAAACCCCACUAAUUUAAUAUUACCUUUAUUUUGAUUUAAUCUAAAUUAUUCACUAAAAUAAUCCUUCACUGUCCUAGACCUGCCACCAGUCUUCCGCAGGCCUUAGCUCUCUGCUGCAAGCAAACACUGUCUGUACAGAUUCUGCAGAAAGAACGCCCUUCCUUAUCCCUAUUCACAAUUCAUCUUCAAAUUCUUUUCUUUAUCACUUUCUUUCCUUUUUUUUUUUUUAUAUAAAAUUACCCACAUCACCCGUCUUCUUCUUUUCUUCCAAUUUCAAUAAUUUCGCUCUCUACAGUUUCUUCUUUUUCUUUACUAGACUUCUGCUCUCUUUAUAACUUGUUUCCAUGGCUGAGAUCUCCGAGGGUGAAAAACAACCAAUAUAUCUUCAUGGGGACCUUAACUUGUUUAUUAUUGAAGCUAGAAAUUUGCCUAACAUGGACAUAGUCUCCACCCAUAUUGGCACUUGCUUCGCUGGUUGUACUCCCCACUCCACUGCCGCCGCCACCUCUGCAGCUUCCACCGACGAAGAGACAGGUGAAGAUGACCAGAAAAUUCAUCACCACCGUAACAUCGUCACCAGCGACCCUUACGUUACUGUCGUCGUCCCUCAAGCCACUGUGGCUCGCACGCGUGUGAUUAAGAAUGCCAAAAACCCCAAGUGGAAGCAGCGGUUUUAUAUUCCUCUGGCUCAUCCGGUAAUUGACCUCGAAUUUCAUGUUAAGGAUAAUGACCUUUUUGGAGCGGAGGUUAUGGGAACAGUCAAAAUCCCGGCUGAAGAACUCGUCACCGGCAAGUUAAUAAAAGGUUGGUUCUCUAUAAUUGGCUCCUCCGCGAAGCCGGACUCUGCACUACUUCUGGAAAUGGAGUUUACGCCGUGUGAGAAGAAUCCGUUGUACCGCCACGGCAUCGCUGGCGAUCCUAAACAUCGAGGAGUGAUGAAUACGUACUUCCCUUUAAGAAAAGGAAGUAAAGUGACAAUGUAUCAAGAUGCUCAUGUGCAUGAAGGGACGUUGCCUGAGAUCGAAAUUGAUGACGGAAAGGUUUAUAAGCAAGAAAAGUGUUGGGAGGACAUUUGCACUGCCAUAUUAGAGGCUCACCAUAUGAUUUACAUUGUGGGGUGGUCUGUUUUCUAUAAGACUAAGCUGGUGAGAGAGCACAUCGGGUCAUUGCCUCGAGGUGGGGAUAUGACUCUUGGUGAAUUGCUCAAGUAUAAGUCCGAGGAAGGAGUGCGAGUUUUGUUGCUGAUUUGGGAUGAUAAGACUUCGCAUGAUAAGUUUGGUUUCAGUACGGCAGGAUUCAUGCAGACACAUGAUGAAGAAACCCGAAAAUUCUUCGAACAUUCUUCCGUCAUCUGCGCAUUGGCACCUCGCUAUGCCAGCAGUAAACUUGGUUUUUUGAAACAACAGAUCGUUGGAACUGCCUUUUCACACCAUCAAAAAUGUGUUCUCGUGGACACACAGGCAACUGGUAAUGAUAGGAAGAUCACUGCAUUUUUAGGAGGUAUUGAUCUGUGUGAUGGACGAUAUGAUACCCCUGAGCAUCGAUUGUUUCGUGACCUUGAAACCGUAUUCAAGGAUGAUUUCCAUAAUCCAACAUUUCCUGCUGGGAGCAAAGCACCAAGGCAACCAUGGCAUGACUUGCACUGCAGAAUUGAAGGACCUGCUGCAUAUGAUGUUCUUAUAAACUUUGAGCAACGAUGGAGGAAAGCAACAAAGUGGACAGAAUUUGGACUGUGUUUCAAAAGGGUAUCCCAUUGGCAUGAUGAUGCAUUGAUAAAGGUAGAACGGAUUUCAUGGAUACUAAGUCCUCCUUUCACCACAAAGGAUGGUGUCACAAUAGUUCCACCAGACGAUCCCAUGGUACAUGUUUCCAGCGAUGAAGAUCCUGAAAACUGGCAUGUCCAGAUUUUUCGGUCUAUUGACACAGGAUCAUUAAAAGGAUUUCCUGAAAAAGCCCAUGAUUGUCAAGCUCAGAACCUCAUUGCAACGAAAAAUCAGGUCGUGGAUAAGAGCAUUCAAAGUGCAUACAUCCAGGCAAUCAGAUCUGCUCAGCAUUUCAUAUACAUUGAAAAUCAGUACUUUCUUGGCUCAUCAUAUGGAUGGCCAUCAUAUAAAAAUGCAGGAGUUGAUAAUCUGAUCCCAAUGGAGUUGGCAUUAAAAAUUUCCAGUAAAAUUAGAGCCAAUGAGAGAUUUGCAGUGUAUAUUGUGCUGCCAAUGUGGCCUGAGGGCAAUCCAAAAUCUGAAACCAUGCAAGAAAUUCUCUACUGGCAGAGCCAGACAAUGCAAAUGAUGUAUGAUAUAGUUGCACGGGAAAUUAAAUCGAUGCAACUGGUAGAUUCGCAUCCUCGAGAUUACCUCAAUUUCUUUUGCCUUGGUAAUCGGGAAGAAAAUCCACAACUGAUGUCCAGUAUCAAUGGUGAAGCGGUCUCUGAUGCUUUCAAAUCUCAGCGGUUCAUGGUUUAUGUCCAUUCGAAGGGAAUGAAUGUGGAUGAUGAGUAUGUCAUUAUUGGAUCUGCCAAUAUUAACCAGAGAUCCAUGGCGGGUUCAAAAGACACUGAGAUAGCUAUGGGUUCAUAUCAACCCCAUUACACAUGGGCUGCAAAGAAGAAACAUCCACGUGGGCAGAUAUAUGGAUAUAGAAUGUCACUGUGGGCUGAGCAUCUUGGUGAGGUCCAGGGAUUGUUUAUGGAGCCUGAGAGUUUGGAAUGUGUGAAGAAAAUAAAUAAUAUUGCUGAAGCCAACUGGAAGAGAUAUACAGAUCCAAAUUUCACCUUAUUGCAGGGCCAUCUUCUCAUGUAUCCUGUGCAGGUAGAUGUUGAUGGGAAGGUAGCCCCCUUACCUGGAUAUGAGAAUUUCCCAGAUGCUGGUGGCAAGGUGCUUGGAUCUCAUUCCCUCACACGUCCUGAUAUUUUGACAACUUAAUCUUGUUUUCCCCCCAACCCCUCUCCCCUUUGUGUUCAUACAAACUGACGAAAAUGUAUUUUAUGUUGCUGGGUUUCAUAGUUUGGCAGAUUCAAAGAGCUGUGCUUUGAUGUUUUUAUUCAGAGCUGUAAUUUUGUGCCGUCCCAUUCUUGUGCAAAAUGUAAUAAGGAUGGCAUGAGUAUUGAAUUAGUAUUGUUGUGCAAAGUGUGGCAAGGAUGACAUGUGAAUACUGGCCCAUAAUGAAUGGUUUAUAAAUUGUAUGACAGGGUUAACA